AUGACGGUUAUUUCUUGGAUAAACACCGAAUCAGCACUACCAGAUAAAUUCAUAACCAACAGAAUAGCAGUAAUUCAAGAGCUGACAACUCCAGAUCACAUCAACUCCAGAUAUGUAAGCUCAAAAGAUAAUCCAGCAGAUUUUGUUUCACGAGGAGUGUCCCCACAAAAAAUGAGCACAUGUCACCUUUGGUUUUAUGGGCCACAAUUUUUACAUGGUGACAAACAAAGAUGGCCAGUAGCAUAUGAUAAACAUUGGAAUAUAGAUUAUGAACACAAAUUUGAUUUGAAAGAACAAACUACAUCGUUGGCAUCAAUGACAACCAGUCAAGAAGAGAUGAUCUAUACAAUUAAUCAUCGAAACUCAUUUAAGGUUUUGAACAGAAUAGUAGCUUAUGUGCUAAGGUUUAUUAAACAAUGUAAAGUAAAAAACCAUCAACGCAAAUCCAGUAUCCUAUUAACUCCUGAAAAACUAAAUGAGAGUUUGAACACAAUUAUCAAAGUCAUACAAAGUGCAGAUUUCAAGGACGAAAUGAGAAAAUUGUUGAAAUCGUAUGCAAUCAGUCCAAGUAGCCUUUUAAAUGGACUUGCACCAUUUGUUAAUACAAAUGGAAUAAUUAGGGUUGCCGGAAGGUUGGAAACAUCUUCAUUAAGUUAUCAUGCAAAACAUCCAAUGGCAUUACCUUACAAUGACCCAUUGGUUACGUUGUUGAUGCAGGAUACUCACAAGAAAAAACUGCAUUAUGGACCGCAGACAUUGCUAGCACAAGUACGACAAAAAUGUUGGCCAAUCAAGGGACUAUCCAUGGCGAGAUCAGUAGUUCAACAUUGUAUUCGGUGUUAG